AUGAAUUUCUCACAAGAUCGGUUCGAUGCGGAGGCAUACGCGGAGGAGCAGAUGGAGGAGAACGACGAAUGGGAGGUGCGGCGGCUGGCACAGGAGCUAGCGGAGUUCAGGCGAGUGUCGGCAGAGGAGAUGCGGAGAAGCGUGUAUGCCAACUACCCCGCCUUCAUACGGACGUCGAAGCAGAUCUCGGCCUUCCAGGUGCAGCUGAAGCGCAUGCGCGAGAUGCUGACGCUCAACACGGCGCUCAUCCACUCGCUCGCGGAGAAAGGCAGCUGCCAGAGCCGCACCCUCGCGCUCUCCCUCUUCGCCCACUCCUCGCCGCAUCACACCCGCCGGAGGUCCGAAGGCGGGGGGAUUCACGACGACGGGUCGGACUCUAGCCAUACGCCUGACCAUUCUGUGCACUCCUCUCCCCCGGGGACGCCCCAUGCGGGUUGGCAUGGGGGCGGGGCGAGGGAGAGCGGUCAGGUGUGGUCGGUUGGUAGUACAGGGAGUGUGAUGGGGAAGGAUGGGGAGGGAGGAGGGGAGGUGAGGCUGAGGAGGAGGAGGACGAGGGGGAGGGAUGGGGAGUGGGAGGAGGAGGAAGAGGAGGAGGAGGGGAUGGAGGAGGGGUGGGAUGAGGAGGAGAGAGAGCCGACGGAGAUGGAGAGGUAUGCGGAGGCGUUGCCUGAUGUAUUGGAUGGGCUUAUAACGGAGCAGAAGAUUGAUCAGGCGAUUGAGUUGUUGGAGCAGGGGCAGCAGAUGGCGCAGCUCUCGUUACAGUCACAUGAGCGGAGGAGGAACAAGGAGGGGGAGUUUGCGGUAGGGGAAGCGGGAGAGGGUGGUGGAGAAGGGGUGGGAGGGGAGGUGGGUGGGGAGAGAGGAAAGGUGUGGGACGGAAAGGGUGGUGGGGAGGAGAGGGAAGAAGGGCGGGUGGAACGGUGGUUGAGAGAGGAGGAGGGGGGAGUGGAAGGGGAAGAGGAGGAACAUGAAGUGGGAGAGGAGGAGGAAAAGGAGGAGGAGGAGGGAGAGCACGGAGAGCAACGAAGAGCAGGGUCGGAGCAGGGUUGGGAUGAAAGGCCACUCACAAAGAGGUCUCUUACUGGGGGGACGCGUGGAGAGGAGUGGGGGUAUGUGUAUGAGGGUAUGGGGAAGGGAAGCAGCGUGGAUAAUGUGCCUAUAGGAGGAGGGGGCUUGAGAGGCAGCCUGAAAGAAAGCUUGAAAGAGGGUUUGAAAGGGGGUGUGAUAACGGGGCCUCGAGCGAGAAGUGUGGAGGAGAACGUGGGGAAUGCAGGUUUGGGGGGCGAGAGGUUGGGGACUGGGGAUGUGGGGGAGGGCUCACGGCAGGGGGGUUCACAUCACGUCACUGAUGAUAAUAACAUCACUGAUAGUUCUCUCGUUCCGGGCGGCGAUAAUACCCCUGAAACCGAACCCGCGGCGGACGGCGCUCCAGCAACGGAGCUUCUGAGUGAGUCAGCGGCGCUCGCCCUGUCAGCAGCAAUAGCAGAGCGCCACGUGGUGCUGGUUGCUGAGCUGGAGCGCACGGCGCGGCACUCGGACGUGCUGGGGGAGGAGCUGCGGUUUGCGGUUACCGGGUUGAUGCGCCUGGGGGAACUGGAGCUGGCGCAUCAGCUCCUGCUGGGCGCCUAUGGGGAGCGCAUCAGAAGGAGUGCUCGGUCGCUGCAUCGGUCUGCGACUGGGUUUGGCGGGUCGUACACUGCUGCUCUAUCACAGGUGGGUGUGAGGGGAGGGGAGGUGGGGGUUUUGGGCGGGGGGAGGAAGAAGGAAGGAGAGAAAGGGGUCUCCCUCAGCCACACCCACUCAUGCACUCCCCUUGUCCCCCCUCCCUCCCCCCUCCAGAUAGUAUUUUCAGCCAUAGGCCUGGCAACAGCCGAUUCAGCCAUAAUCUUUGCCAACCAGCCAGCCUGCUCAGCCGACCUCCUUCUGUGGGCGCGGCGAGAGGUCACCUUCGCCUUCUCCCUCCUCCGCCGCAACAUCCUCUGCUCCGCCGCCUCCCCGGGCGGCCUUCCCUCGUGCUACCUCCCUGCCUCGCUUGCUCCCACUGACAGCUCCCCCUUUUCCUCCCCCACUCCCUCCCCCCGCCCCUCUCCCCUUUCCCAGAUUGUCUUUUCAGCCAUAGCCCAGGCAACAGCCGAUUCAGCCAUAAUCUUCGCCGACCAACCAGCUUGCUCCGCCGACCUCCUCCUUUGGGCGCGUCGCGAGGUCACCUUCGCCUUCUCCCUCCUCCGCCGCAACAUCCUCUGCUCGGCCGCCUCCCCUGGCGGCCUCCACGCCGCUUCCGAGUGCGUCUGCAUUUCCCUCGGCCACGCGCGGUUACUAGAACCCCAAGGGAUCUGUCUCGCUCCGAUGCUCGGAGAACUCAUGCGGCCCAGUGUGAUGGAGGCUUUGGAGUUUAAUAUCCUGAGGAUUGAGGAUGCGGUGGUGUCAGUGGCUACGACCGAUGAGUGGCGGUUGGAAGCGGUUGAGCUGGGUGUGAUGCGGCUGAGGGGGUGGGGGGGCGUGCUGGGGCUGAGCGGGCUGAGGAUUCGGCUCACACCGAGUGCUGUGCGAUUCUACCUGCUGAUCGUGGUGAGUGGUGGUGGUGAUGGGUUGCCAGUUGCUGCUGGGGGGCACAUGGGUUGCUGCUGGGGGGCACAUGGGGUGGGGGUGACAGGGCGUGCUGGGGCUGAGCGGGCUGAGGAUCAGGCUCACACCGAGUGCUGUGCGAUUCUACCUGCUGAUCGUGUUGAGGACAUACUCCCUGGCAUCAACCUAAAAGGCAUUACUCUCUUUCUUUCUCCCUCCUCUUUCCCCGCGCCUCCUUGUCUCCCUCUCUCUCACUCCCACCAGGACCUGAUCGAGGACAUACUCCCUGACCUGAUCGAGGACAUACUCCCUGUAAUCGGCCUCCAUUUACUGGAUAAGGUUCUCGACGCCAUCGCAACGCAGUUUGAGUGUUUUGCAAGCCUCAUGGAGCUGGCGCUACCUGAGAUUCCACCUGACACCACGCCCCCCCCGGCACCUGGCUCUGUUGGUGCUCGGGCACAGAGGCGGAGGAGAGAAAGGGCGCAGCAGAUGAUGGAGGGGGGAGAGGAUGGGGGGAGGGGAAAAGGGGGAGUGAGAGGGCAAGUGGGAGGGGUUAGUGGGAGUGGGAGUGAGAGUGCGGAGGGUGUGACUGUGUCAGAUGGGAUGGGAGGAGAUGUGAUGGGAGGGGAGGAGGGAGGGGCAGAAAGGGAGGAGAGAGAAAAGGAGGCAGGAGAGGGGAAUGGGGGAGCAGAGGGAGAGGGGGAGGAGGAGGUGUGGGAAGAGGUGUCCAUUUCACGGAACGCCAGCCAGCAGAGACUGUUAAAUGGCGAGAGUGCUGACGCUGCUGCUGCUGCUGCUGCUGCUGCUGGCCGUUCCUCCCUGCGAGACCUGUCCUCGUUACAUGACGCUUUGGCACAAGCAGAGCUAGAAGAAGACACAAUCGAUCACAGCAACCCGCUUCUGGACCCUCCAGCCAACAGCUGGCAUGUGUAUCAUGUGCAGGAAGCAGAGACAGAGGCGCAGCAGCUUGCUGUGCUGGGUAAUGUAGCUGCUUUGGCCGAUGAGCUGCUUCCGAGACUGGUAGUGAGGCUGACUAUAGCGGAUAUAGAGGAUGAGGAGGGGCUGGGGUGUGUGGGGGAGGAUGAGGAGGAGGAGAGUGAGGAGGGAGGGAGGGACGGUGGGGGAGAGGAAGGGGAGGGGGUGGGGGAGGGUGGGGGGGAUGUGGACGGGGUGGGAGCAGGGGAAAUGGGGGAGGGGCGGAAGAAAGGUGGGAGGAGGAGCAAGGCACGGUCCACAUGGCUUGAGAGGCAGCAAUACAAUCUAGCGAAGCAGAAGGUGUGGAGGGCGAGAAUCCAAAGAGCGGCAUGGCGAAUCCGGGAGAUCUUCUGCGCGUCGCUGUGGGGCGGGUUUGUGUUCAGCGAGAGUGGGGAGCGAGUGCUGUGUGCAGACGAGUACCUGGGCAUGGAUGCAUGCACCAAGCUGCAGCAGUGGAUGAUGCACCCGCUGCCAUCGCCCCCCUUCCAGGCCCUUUUCCUCACAGUGAAUGCGGUGCAAUCAAGUCUAGAGAGGGUGCUAAGGGGGCAGGAAGGCAUGCACAGGAGGCUGCUGAGACGAGUCAUGGAGUGGCUGCUAUCGGGUCUGCUUACAGAGAGUACAAUGUGGGAAGACAUUCAAGCUGCAAACCCUCCCCUUGGGCCGAUAGGCCUGCACCAGCUCGUGUUUGACAUGUAUUUCGUGGUGCAAGCAGCGCACAGUGGCAAGACCUCCUCUCCGCUCAUCCGGGGUUUGGCAGAGGAUGCAGCCACACGGGCGAUUGUGGCCUACAGUGCACGCACAGGGGAGGAUCCCAAGAGGCUAGUGGAGGAGGACUGGUGGUAUCAGCACAAGUGCCAGACAGUUCUGGAAGAGCUCAAAGAAGCAGCAAGCCAGCCGUCCAGCCCCACUGGAGCCUCUGCCUCCACCGCCACCACUCCCUCCACUUUCCUCUCCGACGCGCCGUUUUCGUGGCUUCAGAGCAACAGCAUAAAGGGAAAUGGGGACGGUGACACGCGGGGGAUGCCAGGGCUGAAGGUGAUCAAGCGGUCUGUCGUUUCGUUUUCCCCGAUGAGGGUCGCGCCUCCAGCUAUUAGAGAUGCCCGGAGUUACACCACACUCACGCUUGUGUUCCCUCUCAACAUGGCGAAUCGCGCCUACCUCCUGCUACCCAUUUUCGUAGCGUGCCUCAUUUUGCUUACUGAGGCCACGGCCACGGCGAAGCCAUCAUCCGCGGCGUUCAAGCGACCCGGGGUCGCAAGGAUCCUCAAGCGCCACAACCCGGCGGGCGAUUCGUCGCAUCAUCAUCAUCAUGGCGGCAGCCAGCGGCCGUCGGCCGGCGGGUGUAGUUCGUCGCCGUCGCCGUCCUCGUGCGCCUUCUCGUUCGGCGGAUUCCAGGGCUCUAUCCCCGUGUUCAACCUGCCCCGGGGCGAGACGCCCAUCGGAACGACCUUGGUAGCAGACGGCGUGUCUAUUAUCAGGCUCAACUCGGACGGCGCGCAGUACCCGUGCGCGCGGAAGGGCACGGAGAAUCUCCGCAACCAGUUCUACGCUCGCGAUAACGUGAUCGUGAUGCGCUUCGUGCAGAAGGGAGACGAGGGGAAGCUGCGCGGCCAGCUGGUGAAGGUGCCAAUCACCAGCGCAGAGCUGAAAGUGGGCAAGAAAACCGUUAACCUCAACCAGGGACAAGGCUCAGACGUCAUUCCUGAAAAUCAGCGCUGCGUUCUCUUUAAGAUCGCGUCAUAA